AUGUCUGCUACCAACGCCAACACUGAUGUAUCUGGUGCCGCCCCCGCCGACAGCACUAAGACCAACAUCUCUGUCGAUGUCGCUAAACAGGAAGCUCUCAAGAAGAUAGCUACCGAAAAAGAAGCCAAGCGCAUCGAAAAUGUUGCUAUCCAGAAGAGAAAGCUCGAAGCUGCUAAGCAAAAGGCGGCGCAAGAGUUGAUGUCUAAGGGCAAGAACGCGAUCCUCAAGGCCCAAGCUAACCGACCUUCACGACGACCGGCGAAGAAGAACCGAAAACCGCUUCCCCCUCCUGCCAACCGGACUCACGAGAUCGAAGCGAGUAUGGAGAAAACGAAAGCUAGUGCUGAAGAGAAACGUCUUGCCCCUCUGCGGGUUGUUCGCCCAAGCUACAGCUACAGCGAUAUCGUCGAGCAGCGCGUCGUCGAUGGUGUGGUUGAGCGCAUCGUUCAUACCAACCAUUCUGCGCAUGAGUCUUGUGCCGCCCACAAUCACGACGAUGGUACUGAGCAGCGCAUGGCAGACAACGAAACUGAACCUACCUUCCGGUCCGUUGAUGCGCCCGCGACUGCCCAGUCUGACACCGACGUUGAGUCAGAUAGGGCCACGGAACCCGAUACUGGGUCAGACGAAGACGCUCCUCAGCUAGUCCAAGAGCUUACCUCUCCUGAGCAGGUCACUGUCCCUGAAGACGAUGACGAUUCCACCGAAGCUGCCGGUAUCACUGCAAUGCCCCACAUCUAUGUCACUGCUCCGAUAGAUGACCCGGAUGAGAAGGCUUCAAUGUCUGGAACUUUUGCUGAGGCAAUUGACACGUCAACCGAGCCGAUCCAGACAGCUGUUUUUGAGGAGUCUACUUGCAGCCCUUUGGCGAUCCUGUCGAUGCCAAACUCGACUCUUUACCCUUCGCGCCUAUCCCGCGACGAAGAGGCUAAGUCGGUCGCUAUGCACGUCGCUCCCAUCGUACUGCCGGUCGCUGAAGCCAAGCAGCCGAAGCUUAGCAAAGCGGAGAAGAAGGCCGCUAAGACAUCUGAGACGUCUCAGAAGGUGGCCACGACGAAGUCCCCCGUGGUUCAAAAGCUCCAAGGAACCGACUAUGCCCGAAUUACCUUUGAGGAUACAGAGCCCAGUGUAAUCCCGGAUGAGUCUGAUCACGUUGCUAUACUGCUUGCCCGGCCCAAUGGCUCUGGUGUGACCACAGAAUCUCGCAACCUUCACGAGAAGCUCGUCGCGCUUCAUGUCGCUCCACCUUCGCUGCCAGUCACUUUUCACAAGCAGCAGAAGACUCCAACAGCCAAGUCAAAAGCUACUAAAGCUGAUCAGAAGAAGACUGUCACUGUUGAGAAAAAAGAGCAGGACUUUGUCGCUUCUCUUCUUUCCAAGCCUAACGGCCCAGGCGAGACCAAGGAGGCGCGCGACUUUCAUGAGAAGCUGGUUGCGCUUCAUGUCACUCCUCUCUCGCUGCCAGUCAUUGCGCCCAAGCAGCAAAAGAUCUCACAGGCCAAGCAGAAGGCUACUAAAGUUGAUAAGAAGAAGUCCAUCGCUACGGAGAAAAAAGAGCCUGACUUUAUCGCCUCUCUUCUCUGCAAGCCCAACGGUUCGGGUGAGACAAGAAAGACUCGCGACUUUCACAACAAUCUCGUGGCUAUGCAUGUAGCGCCACUCGACGUUUCGGUGUCCAUACAACAGGAUAGGAAGAAGAAAUUCGAGAAGGCCCACAAGUAUAUUGAGACUUGGACCGCUGACCCUGAUGCCGUUGAUGCAAUGUUCACCAACAUGGUGCCUCCCAUUACUGAGGAGCCUAUCUCUGCUGUUGAGGAGCUGGGUACAGACGAUGCAACGCGCGACGAGUCGUCCAUCGUCAUUGCGACUCCCAUCCAGGGAUUCUGGCAAACUGUUCUUUCCAAAAUCCCUGACACCGAACCCAUCACCGUCGAGCAAACGGUAAUCAUCCCCGACUCAUCCUCGGAGUCCGACACCAUAGAAUCAUUCAGAGCCUCUAGCCACUCCUCCACCCACUCCACCCCAUCCAUCCUUCGCGCAGCCUCAAAAGCACGCACAACCCUCCUCGGCGCCACAUCCCUAGAAACCUUCAUCACCACCCUCGACUUCGAACUCUGGGACGGCACAACGACCAAAGGCGAUAUCUGCGAGGCCUUCGCUUCCUUAGCUAAUCACCCCCCAACUACUACUACUGGUCUGGAUACCGCUAAGAUGCAGCGGAAGAUCAAGCUAGGUAGCACCUCCCUCUACGCGUUCCUGCAUCAGAUUACUUUCAUGGAAGAUGACGUGACGGUUGUGGGGGAGGUGAUGAAGGUGUUUAGGAAGGCGGCGGGGGAGCAGGUGACGGAAACGAAACUGGAGGUUGCGCUGUGGCUUGCGGAGGAGACGGAUGAGGGGGAGGGUAGGAGAAGGGGGAGGCGUGAGGAGCGGGCUUCGAUGGCUGGUGGGGUUUAG